AUGUCUCCCUCCGUCACGUCCGACCCCGUCUCGACGCCCCCGCGCCCGCCGACGCCCGUCCACGGCUUCGGCACCCUCGCCGUGCACGCCGGCUCCCCCCACGAUCCCUCGACGGGCGCCGUCAUCGAGCCCAUCUCCCUCUCCACCACCUUCGCCCAGACAGCCGUCGGCAAGCCCGUCGGUGAGUACGAGUACUCUCGCUCGGCCAACCCGAACCGCACAAACUUCGAGACGGCCGUGGCGGCGCUCGAGCACGCCCGCUACGCGCUCGCCUUCUCCAGCGGUAGCGCGACGACGGCCAACAUCCUCCAGAGCCUCGCCGCCGGCAGCCACGUCAUCUCCGUCUCCGACGUCUACGGCGGCACCCACCGCUACUUCACCCAGGUGGCCAAGGCGCACGGCGUCAAGGUCACCUUCACGCCCGAGAUCGAGGUGGACAUUAGCGAGCACAUCAACGACCAGACGCGCCUCAUCUGGAUCGAGACGCCGUCGAACCCGACGCUCCGCCUCGUCGACAUCCGCGCCGUCGUAUCCGAGGCGCACAAGCACGGCAUCCUCGUCGUCGUCGACAACACCUUCCUCUCGCCCUACGUGCAGAACCCGCUCGACCUCGGGGCCGACAUCGUCGUCCACAGCGUGACCAAGUACAUCAACGGCCACAGCGACGUCGUCAUGGGCGUCGCCGCCUUCAACAGCGACGAGCUCAAGCAGCGCCUGAGCUUCCUGCAGAACGCCAUCGGCGCCGUCCCCUCGGCCUUUGACUCGUGGCUCGCCCACCGCGGCCUCAAGACGCUGCACCUGCGCGCCCGCGCCGCGAGCCACAACGCCGCCACCGUCGGCCACGCCCUCGAGGCCUCGCCUCACGUCAUCGCCGUCAACUACCCCGGCCUCGACUCGCACCCCCAGCGCCACAUCGCCAAGAAGCAGCACCGCGAGGGCAUGGGCGGCGGCAUGCUCUCCUUCCGCAUCCGCGGCGGCCACGACGCGGCCCUGCGCUUCUGCCAGCUCACCAAGAUCUUCACGCUCGCCGAGAGCUUGGGCGGCGUCGAGUCCCUCGUCGAGCUGCCCAGCAGCAUGACGCACGCCGGCAUCCCCCGGGACCAACGCGAGGCCGUCGGCGUCUUCGACGACCUCGUCCGCCUGAGCUGCGGCGUCGAGGAAGCCGAGGAUCUCAAGAACGACAUCCUGCAAGCCCUCGAGCUCGCCGUCAGGGACUCGGCCAAGAACGGCCUCACCAACGGAGUCAACGGACAAUGA